AUGCUCGCCGACGUAGAUCGUUUUGAAUCUGACUUGUGCACAUAUCUCAAUGCCCACGCAUCUGGCGAAUUACGCGAUCCGGAGAAAAUCACUGCUCGAUGGGCAACCGACAAGUCUAUUGGCCAUAUCAGCCUUUUACUGGCAACAUUGGCAUCAGGGGCCCAUUACUCGGAUAUUGAAUACCCCGAACGGCUUGAGCUGUCAACUGACUUUGCCCGUCGAUCAUUUCAUGCUCUCCGCUUGGCCAAUUUCUUGUUUCAGCCAUCGCUAGAUAUCAUACAAGCGCUGCUUAUCUUGGGGAAUACUUUGCAGAAUGUGGGGCAGUCCGAUGCCGCCUGGGCGUUGCUGGGCACGACAAUCCGACUAGCUCAGACCAUGGGCCUGCAUACUGAAAGAAGCACCGUUCACUGGCCCGAGCAGGUGAGAGUGAAGGCUAGGACUCUUUGGUCAACAGUUGUCUGGCAGGAUAGUUUACUGUGCCUUUGCUAUGACCGACCGCCCAUUGUCUCCGUGACCGGAUGGUCUCUCGCAAACUCUUUCUUCGAGAGACAAGACUUAUCCUUCUCAGAAGUGAUGCACUUGCUCUGCCGCAUCAGUCUGGAUAUUAUGCGACCGGAAACCCUCAACGUCGCUGAAUUUGAUCGAGCACUCGAAGCGUUGCAGCGGCUGGAUGAUGUUUACCAACGCGGUCUGCUGUACCUUCGAUCACGAGAAAAAUGCACUUCACUACAACAACAUCUCGAGCAUUUAGCCCUCAGAAUGCACACCUCCUUCUGUGUAUCAGUCUUCUGCCGACCGGCAAUGAAGCAGUCUGCCCCACAGCCUUUUCUCCCUCACGGUGGGAUUCUUCGGGCUCGUGCAAAAGGGAGUUUGAUCGAUGCUUCCAGGGCGUUUCUUGAUUUCCAGGCCCUGAGCACUGUUCCAUUGCGGAGCUGGUCAAUGGUGCAUACAGUCUUGAGUUCAACGCUGCUUCUUUGUAUCUGGGAAGAGACGCGCAAUGACUCUGAAUGUCGCAACCUUCAACAAAAUGUCAUCGACGUCUUCUCGUCGUCCAAUUUAAGGACUAACGAUGAUGGUGCUCUCUACUCGGCAAGUGACAGUCAGUGGUUGUCAGACCGUCAUAUCCGAGCCUUGGUGACCUUGCGAAGCGCCUUGGAACGAGAGCAGGAGACGGGCACUACGGGAACGGAUACUUGGGCGGCAAUGGCCUCGAAUAUGAUACCGCAAUUUGGCCCUGGGCCCAUUCGACGUAUCACCGGUCACUUAUCUGGACUCGAUCAUGAACCUUCCGAUGUUUGA